UUAUCUUGUGUGCUGACUGCUUGUUGAGAACCAUUGUUGAAUCUUGAGAUUAAGGCUUGCUGGCUUGGAUUAUUUUAUUUCUUCCUCAUCAUGGGUUCUUAAACAACUGGCUCGUUGACUAAUUUUAACUUCAAAAGAAUGAUUAUUUGAUUGUUUAUAUGGGAUCACCCAAUAGUUGGCUACUUUGGGUUGCUCCAAUAUGCAUAUAUGCAAUUGCAACUUUUCAUAAUUUCAUUCUUUUGCAACUUAAACAAACAUGCUGUUAGUUUCAUAGUGUCUAUCUACUGGUUUGCCACUAUGGUUCGAUUUCAAGUAUGAAUAGAGCUGUCUUGAUCUUGGGGAUCAUGAGUACGAUAUCAUUUUGGUGUAUAGGUACAAGGAGUAACUACUAAAUUUGGGUGGUUUUUGAAACCUUUAUUUGGUUGUUUUUCUUAAUCGUUCGAUCAAAUUUCAGUGUUUUGUGUAAACAAAAGAAAAGAAGAAGAGAUAUUUUUGGUGUUCUCGUUUAAGCAUGAUGACCUUAAAACGCAAGUACUCAUGGUGGAGUCCAAAGCAUUCAAAAUGGCUUCAGGGAAAUCUUACAGAUAUGGAUGCAAAAGUAACUGUGAUGGCCAAUCUCAUAAAAGAGGAUGCAAAUUAUUUCUCAAGAAGGACAAGGAUGUAUCACAAGAAGCGACCUGAGUUACUGAAACUGGUUGAAGAAUCUUAUCUAGCAUAUCGGGCUCUAGCGGAAAGAUAUGAUAAUGCAAUAGGGGCACUUCACCAGGCUCGUAAGACUACGUUAGAUGUUUUUCCAUACCAAAUUCCCUUCAGUGUUGAUUCAUCUUCCUCUCCUGAUGGUUUGCACAAGGAAGGUUCAGGUCUUUCUCCAUCGCAAUCUCGUUCCGCUGGCAAAAAAAGACCCGGACAGGUAAAACGCAAGUACUCAUGGUGGAGUCCGAAGAAUUCAAAAUGGCUUCAGGAUAAUCUUACAGAUAUGGAUGCAAAAGUAACUGUGAUGAUCAAGCUCAUAAAAGAAGAUUCAAAUCAUUUUUCAAAAAGGCCGAAGAUGUAUUACAUAAAGCGAUCUGAUGAGUUACUGAAACUGGUGGAAGAAUCUUACCGAGCAUAUCUGGCUCUAGGGGAAAGAUAUGAUUAUGCAACAUGGGCACUUCGCCAGGCUCAUAAGACUAUGUUAGAAGCAUUUCCGAGUCAAAUUUCCUUCAAUAAUAAUUCACCUUGCUCGGGCUCUCCUGCUGCUGAAGGGUUUAUACUGCCACAGCCAAUACGUGCAUUUUUGUACCCUGAUGGCUUGCACAAGGAAGGUUCAGGUCUUUCUCCAGCGCAGUCUUGUUCUGCCGGCAUAAAAAGACUCAGACAGGGAAAUUAUCUAUUUGGGUCAGGAGGAGGAGCAGAAGAACAGGCGAAGUUCGCCAAAAGAAAAGUGACGAAGGACCAAAACACUUGUGACAAAGAUAAUGAUCCUAAGGUGCUCACUGAACAAAAGGUCAAACAGCGCAAACAAAAUUCAAAAACUGGUUUAUCUGGACAGAAUAUCAAGACAGGGUUCAUGUCCGAGGAUGAAUUAGUUGGGAAAGUUGAUGAUGUAGUUCUGAAACUAAAGCAACUGAUCGCAAAGUUACAAUCUGGAAAUAAAGCUAGCCUUCAGUACCAAAAGAGUUUGGAAAAAGUAUCUAAUAUGAAAUCCAGAGAACUAAGCGAGCAGGCAAUUAAAGAAGAAAGUGAAUUUGGAACUUUAACACACUCUUUCUCUAAGGCUGGAGCAGGGGUAACCAACUGUUUAGAAUGCUUAGAGAGUUUAUCUGAUCUAGAGACCAAACUUUCACAUUCCCAAGAAGAUGCCGCAGUCCUGAAUGAGCGGGCAAGUAAAUCUGAAACAGAAGUUCAAAUCCUAAAGAAAAACCUCACCAGAUUAGAGGGUGAAAAUGAAGCUGCUAUUCUUCGAGAUAAGCAAUGCUUGGAGAAGAUAUCAAAAUUGGAGACUAAACUCUCUCGUGCUGAGGAUGAAACUAGAAGACAUAUCGAGAGAACCAAAGUUCUUGAUGAAAAAAACUUGUCUUGUACCAUGUCGAUUAAGAAGUUGCAAGAUGAAGUCUUGUGCUUGAAGGAAGCAGAAGAGGCCGGACUACAGAAUGAGCAAGUAUUGGUAGAGCGAGCAAGUAAAGCUGAAGCAGAAGUUCAAAUCCUAAAGCAAGACCUCACCAGAUUAGAGGGUGAAAAUGAAGCUGUAAUUCUUGGACAUAAGCAAUGUUUGGAGAAGAUAUCAAAUUCGGAGACUCAACUCUCUCAUGCGGAGGAUGAAAUUAGAAGACAUAUCGAGAGAACCAAAGUUCUCGAUGAGAAAAACUUGUCUUGUACCAUGUUGAUUAAGAAUUUGCAAGAUGAAGUUUUGUGCUUGAAGGAAGCAAAAGAGGCUGGAGUACUGAAUGAGCAAGUAUUGGUAGAGCGAGCAAGUAAAGCUGAAACUGAAGUUCAAAUCUUAAAGAAGGACCUCACCAGCUUAGAGGGUGAAAAUGAAUCUGCUAUUCUUCAAUAUAAGCAAUGCUUGGAGAAGAUAUCAGAUUUGGAGACUAAACUCUCUCAUGCUGAUGAUGAAACUAGAAGACAUAAUGAGAGAGCCAAAAUCCUUGACGAGGAAAACUUGUCUUGUUCCAUAUUGAUUAAGAAUUUGCAAGAAGAAGUCUUGCUCUUGAAGGAAGCAGAAGAGAGUCUUAAAGAACAAGUUGAGCUUCUUUUGGGAGAAAGAAAUGCUUUUCAGCAAGUGAUAUACUGUCUUAAAGAAGAAAUAAAUGCAUUGAAUGUGCAGUACCAUGGUGUUGUGGAACAAGUAAAGCAUGUUGGGUUGAAACCAGAUUCCGUUGAGUUGUCUGUGACGAGCUUACAACAGGAGAAUUCUGAGAUGAAAGAGCUGUACCAUGAGGCGAAAGAAGAAAAUGCAUCUCUUUUGGCGAAGAUGGAGCAAAUGGAGAAGUUGCUGCAAAAUAAUGCCCAUUUAGAAGCUUCUCUUUCAGAUGUGAAUGCAGAGUUAGAAGAGUUGAGGAGAAAACUAAUGGCAGUGGAAGAAACCAGCAAGUCCCUUCAUCAAAAAGAAUCUAAUCUUGUUGCUGAGAAGGCUGCCCUUGUUUCCCAAGUAGAGAUUUCUACUGAGAAUCUAACAAGACUUGCGGAGAAAAAUAUCUUCCUUGAGAAAUCUCUCUAUGAUGUUAAUGCUGAGCUUGAAGAGUCUCGUACUAAAUCAAAGAACUUGGAAGAAUCUUUUCACUCUCACAAGAAUGAGAGGUUGGGUCUUGUUACCGAAAGGGACACACUGGUUGCCAAGUUAGAAAGCAUGCGUGAAAGGCAAGAAGGUCUCGAGAAACGUUGCACAGAGUUGGGUGAAAAACAUGUGUCUCUGGAGAAUGAGAAAGAGGCAAUACGUCAUGAAGCCACAGAAGUACAGGGCUUACUGGACCAAGAAAUAAAAAUGCACGCAAGUGUUGCUCAGAGCAAUGAGAUCCUUAUAGGUAAUCUUGUUGCUGAGAAGGCUGCCCUUCUUUCCGAAAUAGAGAUUGCUGCUGAGAGUCUUGCAAGUCUUGCGGAGAAAAAUAUCUUCCUUGAAAAAUCUCUCAAAGACGUUAAUGUUGAGCUUGAAGAGUCUAAGACUAAAUCAAAGAGCUUGGAAGAAUCUUUCCACGCUCUCAAGAAUGAGAGUUUGGGUCUUGUUACCGAAAGGGACAUGCUGGUCGCCAAGUUAGAAAGCAUGCGUGAAAAGCUAGAAGGUCUCAAGAAACGUUGCACUGAGUUGGGUGAAAAACAUGUGUCUCUGGAGAAUGAGAAAGAGGCAAUACGUCAUGAAGCCACAGAAGUACAGGGCUUACUGGACCAAGAAAUAAAAAUGCAUGCACAUUUUUCUCAGAGCAAUGAGACCGUCAUAGGUAAUCUUGUUGCUGAGAAGGCCGCCCUUCUUUCCCAAAUAGAGAUUGCUACUGAGACUCUAGCAAGACUUGCGGAGGAAAACAUCGUCCUUGAAAAUUCGCUCAAUGAGGUUAAUGCUGAGUUUGAAGCGUCUAAGACUAAAUCAAAGAACUUGGAAGAAUCUUUCCACUCUCUCAAGAAUGAGAGGUUGGGUCUUGUUACUGAAAGGGACACACUUGUCACCCUGUUAGAAAGCAUGCGUGAAAGGCUGGAAGGUACCGAGAAACGUAGCGCAGAGUUGGCUGAUCUGGAGAAGGAGAAAGAAGCACUACUUCAUGAAGUCACAGAAGUACAGGGCUUACUGGACCAAGAAAAAAAAAUGCAUGCAAGUUUUGCUCAGAGCAAUGAGGUCCGUAUAGGUAAUCUUGUUGCUGAGAAGGCCACUCUUGUUUCCCAAGUAGAGAUUGCUGCUGAGAGUCUAGCAAGACUUGCAGAGAAAAAUGCUUUCCUCGAAAAAUCUCUCGAUGAUGUUAAUGCUGAGUUUGAAGAGUCUAAGACUAAAUCAAAGAGCCUGGAAGAAUCUUUCCACACUCUCAAGAAUGAGAGGUUGGGUCUUGUUACUGAAAGGAACACACUUAUCACCAAGUUAGAAAGCAUGCGGGAAAGGAAGGAAGGUCUUGAGAAAUACAGCGCAGAGGUGGGUGAAAAACAUGUGUAUCUGGAGAAAGAGAACGAGGCACUACUUCAUGAAGUCACGGAAGUACGGGGCUUACUGGACCAAGAAAAAAGAAUGCAUGCAAGUUUUGUUCAGAGCAAUGAGAUCCUUAUAGGUAAUCUUGUUGCUGAAAAGGCUGGCCUUCAUUCCGAAGUAGAGAUUGCUUCUGAGAGUCUUGCAAGACUUGCAGAGAAAAAUGCUUUCCUCGUAAAAUCUCUCGAUGAAGUUAAUGCUGAGCUUGAAGAGUCUAUGACUAAAUCAAAGAGCUUGGAAGAAUCUUUCCACACUCUCAAGAAUGAGAGGUUGGGUCUUGUUACUGAAAGGGACACACUUAUCACCAAGUUAGAAAGCAUGCGGGAAAGGAAGGAAGGUCUCGAGAAAUACAGCGCAGAGGUGGGUGAAAAACAUGUGUAUCUGGAGAAAGAGAACGAGGCACUACUUCAUGAAGUCACGGAAGUACGGGGAUUACUGGACCAAGAAAAAAGAAUGCAAGCAAGUUUUGCUGAGAGCAAUGAGAUCCUCAUAGGUAAUCUUGUUGCUGAGAAGGCCACCCUUGUUUCCCAAGUAGAGAUUGCUGCUGAGAGUCUAGCAAGACUUGCAGAGAAAAAUGCUUUCCUCGAAAAAUCUCUCGAUGGCGUCAAUGCUGAGCUUGAAGAGUCUAGUACUAAAUCAAAGAACUUGGAAGAAUCUUUUCACUCUCUCAAGAAUGAGAGGUUGGGUCUUGUUUCCGAACGGGACACACUUGUCACCAUGUUAGAGAGCAUGCGUGAAAGGCUGGAAGGUCUUGAGCAAUGUUGCACAGAGCUGGGUGAAAAACAUGUGGAUCUGGAGAAGGAGAAAGAGGCACUACUUCAUGAAGUCACUGAAGUACAGGGCUUACUGGACCAAGAAAAAAAAAUGCAUACAAGUUUUGCUCUGAGCAAUGAGAACCUUAUAGGUAAUCUGGAGGACCACAUUCAUAUACUGCAGGAAAAGCAUCGGUUGAUGGAAAAUGUACUCGAAAAAGAAGAGGAUAAAGCUAUGAAAGCUCAGCUGGAGAUCUCCAUCUGGCAGAUAUGUGUCCAAAAUAUCGAAGAGAUGAGUUACUCCCUUUUGGUUGAAUGCCAGAAACACCUUGAAGCAUCCAAGUCAUCUGAGAAGCUUAUCACAGAUUUGGAACAGGAAAAUCUCCAUCAGCAGUUGAAUGUUGAUACUUUGUCGAACCAAGUGGACAAUCUGAAAAUGGGGAUCCGUCAAGUGUUGAAGCUACUUAAAACUAAUGUAGAUUAUGCGUGUCCAGAUAAACCUGAAGAAGAUGAGAGACUUGUUCAUCAUAUUUUGAAGAAGAUUGAAGAUGUUGUUUGUGAGUUAUCCCAAUUACAAGAUGACAAGCAGCAAUUAUUAUCUGAGAAGUUGGUUCUUGUUACUGUUUUUCAACAACUAAUAUGUGAGUUGCGAAACUCAAGCUUACUUUAUCGAGAUGAAAACUCAAAGUUACUUGAAGAAAUCAAAUCUUUGAGAAAUGACUACUCAAACUUGAAGGAAGAAACAUGCAUGCUAGAAGAGGAAAGCAUUUAUCUACUCGAGGAAACCAUGUUUCUGAGCAACCUUUGUUUAGUUCUGAAGAGUUUUGGUGCUGAACUGAAGAGUUUUGGUGCUGAGAAAGUUGCUGAACUUAAAGGGCUUGGAGAAGGUUUGGAAUCCCUAGAAGGAAUAAAUGAUGGUCUCGAGCAGGAAAUUAAAAUGAUACAUGAAGGGAUUAAAAUGGUCGAAGCAGAAAAUUUCAAUCUCAAAGCCGCAGUUGAGAAGUUGGAAAUUGAGCUUAACGCAACAAGGAACCAGAAAGAUAUGGAGCUCAGACCUGUAGAGGUUUGCAACACGGACCUCGAUGAUGAACAUACUGCAGAAUUUGUAAAGCUGAAAGAAAGUCUUUGUGCAUUGGUAGGUGAAAAUAAAGAAAUGAAGUCUGACAUGACAAGAUAUGCACAAGAUAUGGGUCCUCUGGUCGAGAGUAUACAUAAUCUUGAAGAUCUUAUGUUUUCACAUAUAAGCUCCGAUUCAGCAGAUAGUCAGGAGAUUAAGGAUGUGGCGAAGCCUCGACAUGAUAGGAGCUCUCAGCUGAGUGGUGAUCAGACUCUCACAAUGUCAGUUGGAAUCCCUGACUUGCAAGAUCUGCAGAGAAGGGUAAAAGCAUUUGAAAAGGCACUGAUAGAGAUGAAGAGACUCAUUCAACAGGAAAGCAUGGGCGCCAACAAUAAGAUGAGCAAAGCUGUUCAGGUGGAACCCCAAGAAGUGGAACAUAGGGAUGGUAUCAUUGAAGGGAAUGAGCUUGAAACUUCUAGCGGUGCAAAGAAUGUGAUUAUAGUGAAAGACAUUCCACUCGAUCAGGUUGCAUCGUCUUCAUCUUACGAUCACCGACGUGACCUAUAUGCAACUAGCUUAAGAAGAAGCGCUCCAAUUGAUGAGCAACAGCUCGAGUCAUGGGGCAUUGUUGAGAAGGACUGCACCAAUCAUAUGACAGUGAACAAUAACCCAAAAGGGGCAUCUCCUGUGAGGGAAACUGGUAAUAGUGAUUGCCUUCAAGAGCACAACUCUUCAACAAUUUUACAGGAGGAGAAGGAGAUGGUCAUCGACCAUCUAAAGGUCCCCAAGAGAGUUUCAUGGGCACAAGAAGAAGGGAAUACACAGAAAGUCCUGCAAAGACUAGCAUCCUACAAUAUGCAACUAAGCAACCUUAAAGGAACUGUGCAAGGAUUGAGAAAAAAGGUCAAGAAAAUCCCGAAAAGCAGGAGGACAGAAAAUUCCGAAUAUGAUAAGGUGGAAGGGAAGCUACAAGAAGUUGGUGAAGCAAUCACACAGUUGCUUGAUAGCAACAAAAAAUUAAGAAAAAAUCUAGAAGAAACCGUUCCUGUGAAACUUAAUGGAAAGAGUGAGUUAGAGUCGAAAGAAAGCAGAAAUGUCUCAGUGGAAGCACAAAAAAUGUGUGAGAAGAUCCAGUGCCUAGAUUUGGAGGUGCAGAAAAUGCAGAUUGUUCUAAUGAAACUUGACAAUGAACAUGGGGAAGGAACCUCAUCAGAUCCUGCUAGAAGCUCAUCAGCUCCUGCUAGAAGAAAGAGACUUGCACUAAGAGAUCUCCUUUAUAGUGAUAAGGAGAAGCAGUAACCGCAGAAUGAAAGACAGACAGGUCUUGUGCAUGUACGGGACCUUCCAUGUAACGAAACCGAGGUUGGUACAUCUACUGUUGUUUGAUUAUACAACUUGUAAAGACCUCAUCUAUUAGCUUUCCAUUGUAUAUUUUUCUUCCCUUGAUUUACAAUUUUCUGAAAAUUGAAUGUGGUUUAUGUGUAUAGACUAAAGAUGUGUUCCUGGAACAAAAUAAUGCGUAAUUUCUUAAUAAAGCUGUGCAUUUCUGAGAUUGAUGCAAA